CUCCCUCCUUCAACAUCUCUCAAUCCACUUGUUUCAAACAAUGUCUCCAGCCAAUUCUUGUGCACUGCUCCUCCUCUUCUUUCUUACUCUCUCCCUCCACAUUAACUUUUCCACCGCUGACAAUACCAAUAUUGGUGUAAGCCGCAGGACAGUGGCUGUGGCUGCGGCCGCUGACACUGUCCCUUUACAAAAGGAAGUUGCCACCUUCCUCCCUGGCGAUAUUUCUCCGCCUACUGAGAAGUAUUGGUACUCAAGGUUGCCCAACACUCCAUUGCCAAAAGCCCUAGGAUAUCUUCUACAACCUGGUCAUUAUCCUUCAAUCUCCACAGAAUUCGCUAAUGAAAACGUAAGUGCUGUAGUUUCUCAAAGAACCUAUAAACAAGGAUAUAGAUCUGUCAAGCAUAAAACAGCCAUAAAGUCUGCCCUCCCCGACUCAACGAUAUUCUACCUGUACAACGAUCUCCAACCAGGUAAAAGGAUGAGAAUUCAUUUUACUAAUAGUGGGACCAAGGUUAGUUUCCUGCCUCGUCAGGUUGCGGAGUCUAUACCAUUUUCGAGUGACAAAGUACCAGAGAUUUUGAACUACUUUGCACUACAAGUCAACUCAAAAGAGGCUCAGGUUAUUAGAGAUGAAAUAGGAGGAUGUGAGGAGCCAAACAUGGAAGGAGAAGAAAAAUUCUGUGCUACAUCUCUGGAGUCAUUAAUUGAUUUUAGUGUUGAAAGGCUUGGCCAAAAUGUUCGCGUACUCUCCACUGACGCAGGCAAGAAGCAAGAGUAUACUGUUUCGGCCAAAGCGACAAUGAUUGGAGAUCAUAAAGCAGCAGUGUGUCACAAGAUGAGAUAUCCCUAUGCAGUGCACUAUUGCCAUGUAAUCGCAGACACAGAGGUUUAUGAGGUUCCCUUAGUGGGUGCUGAUGGCACAAAAGUGAAAGCUGUGACAGUUUGCCACCUCAACACAUCAGCUUGGAGUCCAGACCAUAUGGCGUUUCAAGUUCUCAAAAUUAAGCCAGGACCAGCUGUCUGUCACUUUCUCGAUAGCGAUACUCUCAUUUGGGUGCCAAAGAAGGAUUAAAAAAUGACUCCAUGAUCAUUGGUAAAAGCUUGAUAUUGAUCAGCAAAGGUCCUUAAUAAGUUUGCUGCCCAGUUGUCAUAAGUGUUUAUAAUAUGCAUUUACUUCCGGUCCCUUCCCCGUUGUCGUUGCUGCUUGUGUUUGUCAUAUACAUGUAGCCCCCCACCUUGUUUUCUUGGAAGUCCUGUUGUCCAAGAUGUUAGCAAUUUGCUUAAUAAGAAGGUUAUCCUAAGAAACCCGCCUUAUCUAUUCAAAGUUUGAAUUUGUAAUCCUCGACUCUACGUUUGUUACUCAAUACAUUGAAGUGAAGUUCCCUUAUGAAUAGUAAAGCUACUGGACAUGUCAAGCUUUUUCUGGA